CAUAAUUAUGGCGGCUGUGAAGUUGUAAUUUGUGAAAACGAGAAAUUUCAAGCGUUGAUCUUAUUCUAAUGGUAGGAUGACACCUUUUGUCGAAGGAUGGGAUUUUGUAGAGACGCUGGGUGAAGGUGCUUAUGGCGAAGUAAAACUAGCAGUGAACAGAGAAACGGAGCAGGCGAUUGCUGUGAAAAUUAUCGAUGUGGAGAAAGCUGCUGAUUGCUACGAUAAUGUCAGGAAAGAGAUUUGUAUUCAUCGCAUGCUCCAAGAUGUUCACGUUAUUCGGUUUUACGGACAAAGAACUGAAGGGAAGAAACAGUAUCUGUUUCUGGAGUGCGCCGGCGGUGGAGAAUUAUUUGACAGAAUAGAACCUGAUGUUGGAAUGCCUCUUUCACAAGCUCAUCGCUACUUCAGGCAGCUUAUUGAGGGCGUGGAGUAUCUUCACAAGCAAGGUGUCACACACAGAGACAUAAAGCCUGAGAACCUUCUGUUGGAUGCUGAUGAUAAUUUAAAGAUCACUGAUUUUGGCUUGUCAACGGUAUUCCGACACAAAGGAAAGGAACGUCUACUAGGAAAAUGUUGUGGGACACCUCCCUAUGUUGCUCCUGAGGUUCUUUUAAAGGGUGAAUAUAGAGCUGAGCCUGCAGACAUUUGGUCUUGUGGUAUUGUUCUUGUCGCAAUGUUGGCAGGAGAGCUUCCAUGGGAUGAACCAACAAAAUCAAACAAAGAGUAUAAUGACUGGCUCAAUGGCAGAGUAAACAGGACACCUUGGUGCAAAAUGGACCCACAGUCAUUAGAUUUCUUGUCAGAAAUUCUUGUGGAAAAUGCUAAAAGGAGGUUAACAAUACCACAAAUAAAGAAAGAACGAUGGUUUUCUAGAUCAAUAAGUACAUCAAGAAGUCCAAGAGAUGGGUGUUCUCCAGGGAACACACCCACAGGUACAGGAACAUUUAAGAGAAGAUGUACUGAAGCAGAUGUUUCUUCUCCACAACGACCAAAAAGAUACAAGGAUCACAUAUCUGCCUCUCAGCCUGAGCCCCGCAGACUGGACAGUGGUAUUGGGAGUGGUGCAUUGGAGCUUGUUGAUGACGAGGCGACAGUGAAUGGACUGUGUUUCUCACAGCCGGUCCAUCUGGAUCACAUGUUACUAAGCACACAGAUGCAGUCUACUCCUGGAACAUCACAGAGUCCAUUCCAGAGUCUGGUUAAGCGUAUGACUCGUUUCCACACAAAGAGGAGUGCAGACAAGACACUUCACAAGUUAAAGGAAGUCUUGGACAAACUUAAAUAUAGCUUUACUGUGAAUUCUCCUCGUCAGGUCACAAUAUUGACAACUGACAGACGACAAAAUAAACUGAGUGUUAAAGUAAACCUCAUUGAUAUGCAUCCCUCUCUGUUGGUGGACUUCAGAUUAUCCAAGGGUGAUGGUUUAGACUUCAAGCGUCACUUCCUGAAGAUUAAGGCUCAACUAAAGGACAUUAUUGACAGGUAGCAGGUGAAAUUACUGUGGAUGCCACAAGACAAUGGGUGCAUUUAAGGACUCUCUUGUGCCAAAAUACAUCCCAGCAUGUACUGUUCCCUGUGAACUACUAAGAGCCCUCAUUGUUGUUGUUCCUGUUGCUUUUUUUUAGCUUAAACAAAUAUAUUUAAAAAGAUAACUAAGGGAUUUAUACAAAAAACAAAUGAAAGAGUUAGAGAUAUACCUGUUCCUGUUCAUAAGAAAUUUUCUAUAACUUACAUAAGACCAUGUUUUGUACAUGUAUUUAAUCACGUGCAAAGAUGGAAGCAUUUAAAUUGUAUUCAUAUGGGUUUGGGGUAAGGUUGC